AUGGAUAAUCCUGGUGUUCCUCUAGGCAUGGAUAACCCUCAUAUUCCUUCAGGCAUGGAUAACCCUCGUUUUCCUUUACCCAUGGGUAACCCUCAUUUUUCUUUAGUCAUGGACAAGUCCAAUUUUCCUUCAGACAUGGAUGCGUUUAAGCAACAGAAGAAAAAGGCAGGGCGGAAGAAGAUUGAGAUAAAGAAGAUCGAGAAGUCUAGCAACAAGCAAGUGACAUUCUCGAAAAGGAGAGUGGGGCUGUUCAAGAAAGCGAGUGAAUUAUGCGUUCUUUGCGAUGUCAGUGUAGCCAUCAUUGUGUUUUCUCCUGCAGGAAAAUUGUUCUGCUUCGGCCACCCAGACAUGGAGGGCGUUGUUGAAAGCUACGUGAAAGGAGCCCAAGUGUUUGAACCAUCGGAGUGGAGAGAGAGAUCAGUGUCGUAUGAAGAGUGUAACAGGAAAUACGAGGAGGCAAUGAAGAAUUUGGAGGCGGAAAAGAAGAAUCUGAGAGAAACUGAAGCUUUGGUUAAAGGGUGGAACAGAAGGUGGUGGGAGGACCCCAUUGAUCAGAUGAGUGAACGUGAGUUGGAACAGUUUAUGGUUUCUGUUUAUGAGUUGAGGAGAAAAUUAACCGAAAGGGGUGGUGAAUUGGUGACGCAAUCAACGCUAUAG